AUGUCAACAUCACAACCCAUUCGUCGAUUAUCUGUUGGAUCUCUUCAUACUCAUCCUCGUCCUACAGUAACCGUAUCACCAGACAUUGAGACAUCACCAUUAAAUUUAAAUCAUCACAAAAAUUUAAAUGAAAUUAUUCAUGAUGUAUUUCUUGAUGUUUCUCUAUUUGAUAUUGCUCUCUACAAUCGAUGUGUCUAUGAAUGUCAAAUGAAAAUUGAUGAAAUACGUUGUUUAAAUCCACGUUUCAAAAUAUUACCAUUCAAUUCAGCUAAAGAAUUUAUGAUAACAGCUAAUCGAUUUGAAUCACACAGAAACACAAUUCUGAUUCUAAUUCUAAUGAAAGGUGCAUCAGAAAUUGUUAUUCAACGUUGUUCAACAUACAAAACAAAUGAUGGUCAAAUUGUACCUUUAACCAUUGAUAUAAAAGAAAAAGUUUUUCAUGGACGGGACAUACUUCACACUGAUAUUAUUGUUUUAUUCGAGUUUUUUCCUUAUUUGAUUCACCACGAUUUAAUGUAUCGGAUACUGACUCUAAAUCCGAACUUAAAAGUUACUACUCAUAUCCAAACCUCAAAACAGUUUGAGUUUGGAUUUGGUGCAUGUCUAAUCCUUUGGAGAACGCCUAAUACACAGCGGAAACAAUCCUUUUGA